GGUGUCCCAACACUAUUUCAUUCGCGCCUUUGGAAUAAUUUUCAUUUUCUGUACAGUCAAACAUUUGGGUAUUAAUUAUAAACAAUUUGAAGUGAACAAGUAACUGACUUAUUCAUGGCCCACACGGAUAGUAGUGAAAUGAGCUACAUCGAAGAGGAGAUCGAGACAGAGGACGACGCGGAAAUUAAGCGCGUCGCCCAGAUUUGUGAACCGCUUGAAUUGAGCAGCUAUAUAAAACAAAAUGCUUUGGAUACCUAUCGCCGGUAUAAUUCAGAUGGCGGAUUGUUGUCUGCAGAUGCCCAGGAAUGGUUUUGCUGUUCUGUCUACAGUUGUUUGCAGCAGGCUAAAAUGAAGGACAUGCGUAGCAAGCGGCAGACUGCUAAUGGUGACGAGCAGGAGGUGGACACCGCCACAACUGGGAUGGAGCGUACCAAAAGUUGGAACAUGUCAUUAACUCGUCUACUGCGUUGUUUCCAAAUGAACAUGACUAAGUUUUUGAAACGAAUGGAGCACUGGAACUGGCUGACACAGCAGGAUCGCACCUUUCAGCAGGAAAUUGUGGAACUUCAACGCCGUAUGAGCAUUACAAUGAUCAUCCAGCAGCACUAUCAAAAUAUCUUUAAUCACUUGUUUGUACUGCCCAAAGAUGUGGGCCAGGAGGGUGAUGACGGACGAUCCCAUUAUCAGACGCUCUAUGAGUUUGGUUGGAUUCUUUUUCUUGUCUUGCGGAAUGAAUUACCCAGUUUUGUAACUGAAAAUCUAGUCAAUGGUUGCCAGCUGCUCAUUUGUGUCGUGGAACUCGUUUAUGUGAAUGCUCUGGAAGUGAUCGGAUCAAUUGUUAUUAAUCAAAGUUUCCCAGGACUCCCAAAAGAUUGGCCUAGCCCGGAAUUUGAUAGCAAUAAAUUGGACAAAUGGAGCGCUCUACCUUCCAUAAUGGCGUUAAUGCCAGAACUUCCAGAGAAGGGUAUAAGAAUAAUGCAAAAGGCAUUUUUCCAAAAGAGUCUUAUGGUACUCUUUAUGGAUCAGCGACUACUAGGCAAUGAUAAUACAUUUCGAGAUCUGGUUAAAGACGGCAUCCUGGAAAUCAACCUUGCCGCUUUGAAUCGUAGCUAUGUCCAUCACAUAGCCGAUAUCAGUGAAAUGGAUGAGCGGGUUCUUCUAUGCAGAAAACAGGGACAUCAAUCUGAAGAAACAAAAACGGAGACUCAAAUAUCAAGCAGCCUAAUUCAGCUUCUAGAUAAGAAGUUGCCACAGGUCAUGCCCACAAUAAUAGUUGAAGCUUUGGAUAAAAACUCUGGAAAUCUGUUAAACGAACUGAAAACCUCGCUUCAGAAUAUGGGCUCGCAAUUUGGCAUUAUGGCAAAGAAUUGUCUUAAUAAGCAAGAAGCUGAAGCCCGUUUUAAUCUGGCUAGCGGCCUGUAUUAUAAGCUUCUAAAAACCAUUAUAACGUCUGAGCUUGAACUGAAGCCAUUUAUGAAAAUUACCCAGUUACUGGAACAGCCAACAUUUAGCUCUAAUUUCAUGGCCUGCUGUCUAGAUCUUGCCCUCUAUGCGUAUGACGAAGAUUCGGAUCAAUUAAUGUUCCCUUUUGUGUUGUCUUGUUACCCGGACGUAGAUCCCUAUCAUUUUCAAAAAAUACCUGAGCUAGUGGUGCGUCAUCACAAUAGUCUACUAAGUCGCCAAUUGGUCAAGCAUCUGCACUUAGUGGAGGAGAAGUGUCUCGAAUCGCUCAUCUUUCGCAACAGUUCUCAAUUUUGGAAAUGCUUUAGUUCCGAUUGGGGAAGUAGCCUUCCAAGCGCAAAGGAAGUCCAGCAUAAAAAGUGUUUUGGAGAAAAGGAGAAUCAACCUGUUGCGAGCACCACCCAGGGACCGUAUAUUUGCUUGAGAAAAUUCUAUAGCCUGGCACACCAACGACUGACCCGUCUCUGUCAAGCACUCUACAUCAAAGAGUCAUACAUUCAUAUUUGGCAACUUGUAGAAUAUUCUAUAACCUUUGAAGGUGGCAAACUAAUCCAGCAGCGGCAUUUGGAUCAAUUACUACUGUGUGCCAUCCAUCUGCAUGACCGUCUGACCAAGGAGCGUCUUAAUUUUAGCGAUAUUAUCCAACAAUAUCGCCGACAACCAUUUGGAAAGAGCAGCGUCUAUCGCCAAGUCGUACUCUCCGAAGGACGGACAGGAGACAUUAUUGCUUUCUACAAUCAAAUCUAUGUGAAGAGCGUUGCCAACUAUGCCCGCAAAUUGCUUCAAAGCCGCCGUGCGGUAAAUACACAAAUGAUUCGAUUAAAGCAAACACCACUAGGACAUCGUGCGCCGCUUCAGGAGUUUACCACAACCAAUGUAAAGAGAAUGUGUAGCAACAUAUUUGUAUAUCCACCCGCCAUGGAUAGGACAUUUUUGAAGAAUGCCCCCGAAGUAGAGAAAACGGCGGUCAGACAGUCUCCAGUUCAGGUCCCAGAAUCGUCCUCAACUAAUGACAAACUUAAGCGUACAAACUCGGAAAAGGAGUUGCCGGUAGUGAUCAAGCGUCCCAAUAUACUCAGACGAAGCACAAGCCAUGAAUAAAUGGUUUCAAAAGGUGUCUACAAUCCUAUAAUUUAGCUGCAUUUUACGUGGCGUAUAGAUUAUGCCUCUACCCCUUACUUUCUCAUGCUGGAUCUUCCUAAGUUUAAUUAUCUUUCACAUCUUGUACCAAGUAAUUGUUAACAUUAAAUAUUGAUGAAACAAAUGAAAACUCUGAAAA